UUCGCCGGUCCACCGCGGUCGGUACCCGUUUCGUCCGUCAUAGCGCUGCUCCUCGCGUCUUAUAAAAAAAAAAAAAAGUUUUUCCCUCGGGAAAAGGGGUGCUCUGGAUUUUCCGAUUUUUUUCGGUUUCCACCGUAUUUCGUGAAGGUUUUGAUCGAGAGGUUAACCACGCCGUCCGAAGGGCCACCGAGUGCGCGUAACUCCGCCGCCGCCGGACCAUCUGUCGUCCAAAAGCCAUGGAAAAGUCCGGAGACGUGACGACGUGACCCACCGGAUCCACUGUCGCCGCCGUCACCAUGUACUCGGCGCGAAAUCGGAACGCCAUGAUCACAGACGAUACUUUUCAAAUACAAGACUGGCUGCGGUCAAACGGUAACCAUGACCGAGGUUACCCGGAGUUUGAUUACCACCAUAGGAUCCGCCCUCUUUCACCAGUUAAGAGGCACCGGAUCUCCACUAUUACCGAUGGGAGAGUACCGGACCGUCGGAGACAGCUCAAGUCAAUGGAAUCGCUGUUAGGAUUGAGCGAUGAAAACUUAAACGGCAAACAUCUGCAUUCCGAGGCUGUUAUGAGAGCAUCGCCGGACGUGCAAGACUCUCUGGAUAGAGCUUUAAUGGACUUUGAGGAAACCCUUGAGUUGGCGUUUCAGUCAAACUCUAUUGUUCCGCCACCUAGAGGAUUUUCCAAUCAAAACUUAGUUGAAGGUGAUGAAUCGAAUUUCAAUAAGCUCGAUAGUAGCUUUGAGAGCAAUACUACUGGCAGUAGUGGUUAUUCCACCAAGCCUGAUCAGUCCAUGCAUCGGUCUCUAAACACUUAUAACGAACUCCAACUCAUCAGGGAACAAAUGGUGAAGAGCUUGGAAAUUAUUAAAGAUUUAGAAGAACAAGUUAAACUUGUGCCUAUGCUUAAGGCGCAGGUUUCCUCGUUGAAUUUGGAGAAGCAACGCUUAUCCUCUGAAUUAGACAAACACAAGAAGUCGGAGAACACAAACAAAUAUGCAACGGUCGGUGGCGGAUGGUCCCUGUCGGCGCUUCCGGCUAACAGGCGCACAGCCGUUUCCACCAAAGAGGUUGGCGUUAACUGUGUGCCCAUGUGCCGGGACGUGGGAGUAACGACACCGUCGGCUACGUCCGUGAACACGUCUACGAUGACGGAACGGCCUCCGUCCGGGGCCGCCGUGCACACCCAGACGGACGCCGCCACCAAGCCAGCCACAAUAGCGGCGCACACCCAGACCAAGGACGCCGUAAAGCCAGCCACCUCAGUGGCGUGCACUCAGACCGCGGUGGUCACAGACGUCCAGCCGGCCACCGUAGCGGCUGCGGCAGCGGUGGUAACGGUGACGGCUGCACCAACGACGGCAAACGUUGGCACGCAGUCCUCCAGGCCGGCCGCCGUCAGGACGGUCGCGGUAGGCGUGACGGCUAGGCCGCGGACGUACGACGCCAGCGUGGCCGCGAAACCGACGCUCAAGCACGUCGGGUGUUCGGCCGAUGUGACAACGGACACGAAACCUGCCGCCGUGCCGGUGACGCGCGCCACUCAGACGGAUGUCUGCAGAGACGACCGCAGCGGCCAUAAUCGCACCACGCAAACGGAAGCCGCGGCCACCAGGACCAAUUACGCAACGAUCGGCCGGCGGAGCAAUUCGUUCCACCAUUACACGCCGGUCGCUGCCGCGGACGCGACGUCGCCGCCGGUCACGUCCAAGAUACCCCGUCUCAAGCCCGCCACGCCCGAGCUCAACCGGAAAGUGUUCACCAGACAGGACACGUACACCAAGACCGAGGCCGAGAUCUGCACAGACGAUCAGCAACCGUUGUCGCCGCCGCCGCCGCCGCCGCCUGCACGCGUAACCGACGACGUCAGAGCUAAAGAAUCAAUGUCGUCAACACCAGAACUUCAAAAUAGGCUUCCUGAGUCUGAUAUGAAUUUCCAACCCAUCCAGGACGAAUUAUACAAGGAUAAACCUAGCAAAGAAAUGAAAGGUGCGUUGAAAGUACUCAACGAUUCUCUGAAGAAAACAUCUGCCACGCUAUUGCCCAGGAAUCAAUUAAAACAAGCCAUCGACAUAGUCCGAGAAGAAUGGUUCAAGGUGACGAGCUCGAGCGAUUGUGGUGGUCAAAUCGUAAAGAAUUAUGUCAACUGGUUCACUUCUUACUCGCCGGUUUUGCUAGAAUUCAUAAUCAACAUGACAGAUGCUGCGGGCAACACUGUACUACAUUAUUCGAUUUCCCACGGAAAUUUCGACGUUGUGUCUACUAUACUGGAUACGGGUGUUUGCAAUGUCAACUUGACCAAUGACGCAGGCUAUUCAAGUGUCAUGCUCGUGUCGUUGGCAGACAUCAAAAAUGACGACGAGAUGAAAAUCAUCACGAGAUUAUUCAAAUGCGGCGAUGUAAACUUGCAGGCUAAAAAACAUGGUCAGACGACAUUAAUGUUGGCAGUUUCACAUGGAAAAUCAGAAGUGGUAAAAUUACUUCUAGAAUGCGGAGCCAAUCUCAACAUGCAGGACGAAGACGGAAGUACUGCCUUAAUGUGCGCGGCCGAACACGGUCUUCAGGAAAUUGUUAAUAUACUAUUAGCUUGUCCGGAAUGUGAUGUGUCCAUCGCAGAUAACGAUGGUAGUACGGCACUGAGUAUUGCAAUGGAAGCGGGACACAAAGAAAUCGGGAUAGCAUUGUAUGCAAAACAGCAUAUAUUAUCACGAGAGAAUUCGCCGUUCAAUUUGUCGAAAUCGAAGAGAUCGAGAAGCGCGAACACCGUGAUGCCGUCAAAUAAUAAUAAUAUGUCUUAUUCGCAUUUGUCGUUAAAAAAAUCACCGAGUUUGCAGCCCAAGGAAUACGCCACGCUGUCUUCCAUGCUGAAAACGCGGAUUCCUUAACACGUACCAGCAAAAUAAUAAUAUGAUUUUAUCAUCGACCAAUGUACCUACGCUUGAAAUUGUUUUUAUUUUUAUAAUAAUAUUAUUGUACUGCGCUGCACGUGUUUUGUUUUGCUGUUCUGGCAGUUCAAUAUUAACUAUGUUUUCUAUUUUAUAUAAUAACCUCGUAAAAAAAUAUCAAAACUUAUAACUGUGGUUAAUAAUGGUCAUUGAUUGUCAUCUAAACUAUUCUUUUUUUUUUUUUAUUGUUACGUAAUAAUAAUAUGUCUAAAAUAAUAUUAUGUAAAUGUUGUUUUGGGAAUUUUUUACAUACGCUUACCCAUAAUACAACAGUUAUUUCAAAAACAAUUAAACUAUACAUAUUGUUUUCAUCAAAUAUCUAGAAAAAAAAAUU